CCUCUCGCCAUCUCCCCGCCCCUGCAGCGCCCUCGCCUCAGCCCUCCCGCUGGCGGCCCCUCCACGCCCCUCUCGCCAGCCCGGCGCGGUGCCCCGCACGCCGCCGCCACCUCCACCCCUCGGUCCUCCUCCUCCUCCUCCUCCUCCUUCUCCUCCUCCUCCCGCGCUCCCUCUCACGCGCGCUCCGCUCCACAAGUGCCGCGCGGUCGCUCCCCGGGAGCGCAGCGGGGACGGGCUGCGGACCCUGCGCGGGGGCGGCGGACCCUGCCCGGCCCGUCCGGGGCUGUCCGUGGUGCUGGAGGCGAGCGCGGGCAGAGCGGCCGCCCGGCCCCUGACGGAGCCCCUUUAUGUUCAGCUCCUGGCGCAGCGCAGCAUCCAGCAGCUCGAGCGGCGGCGGCGGCGGCAGCAGCAUCGCUGAGCCGGGGCUGGGAGGCAGAAUGGAAGGCUUUAUUCGGCUGCUCUUCGGCUACUUGGUGGCGGACCUUCUCACGCUGGUGUGUCGGGCUCAGGAGAAAGCUGGCCAGCAGCUGGGGAGCUUUGUGGUGCUCUCGGGAGGAAACCACUCCAGCCUCGGGGAACAGCUGGAUCCCUCCGAGCCACCUCCCACCCCAGACUUCUGCAGGGGCUACUUUGACGUGAUGGGGCAGUGGGACCCCCCCUUUAACUGCAGCUCGGGGGAGUUCAUCUUCUGCUGUGGCACUUGUGGCUUCAGGUUUUGCUGCAAGUUCAAGAAGACAAGGCUGGAUCAAAGCACCUGCACGAACUAUGAGACACCAUUGUGGAUGAACACUGGGAAGCCUCCUUCCCGCAUAGACGACCCUCUGCAUGACCCUACCAGGGAUAAAACCAACCUCAUUGUCUACAUCAUCUGUGGGGUUGUAGCAGUCAUGGUGCUGGUGGGGAUCUUCACCAAACUAGGGCUGGAGAAGGCACACAGACCCCAGCGGGAGCACAUGUCCAGGGCUCUUGCUGAUGUUAUGCGACCUCAAGGUCCUUGUACAACAGAUCAUAUGGAAAGAGAUCUAAACAUUGUAGUACAUGUGCAACACUAUGAAAACAUGGAGACAAGACCUCCUCCAAAUAACUUACAUCCACCACAGAUGAAUAAUGUCAUGCCAACAUCUCCCCUCCUUCCUCAGAUGGCACAUCAACAUUCAUAUCCCAGCCUGGGACAGAUCACAAACCCGUAUGAGCAACAGCCCCCAGGCAAAGAGCUUAACAAGUACGCCUCUCUAAAGGCAGUGGCUGACAAAGUCAACGACGACUUCUACACCAAGCGCCGCCACCUGGCCGAGCUGGCUGCCAAGGGGAGCCUGCCCCUGCACCCCGUGCGCCUGGACGACGAGCGGGCGUACACCAUCGACAGCGGGCUCACCAGGCAGAACGGGCAGAAGUCCAGGAUGGGCAAGAUACACACGCACCCGCUGGGCUACAAUUCCCACUACAAGACCUGGGAUCCCACCGACCACUCCCUGAGGCGGCAAGUGUACGCAAACAAGGGCAAGCACGGCAUGGGAGACCCGACGUUAAGUGACCCACUGACUACCCGGAGCCAGCACUACUUGGGCCCACAGCCAUACUUCAUAACCAACAGCAAGACAGAAGUAACUGUUUGAGUUUGUUUUCUUUCUUUCUUUUCUUUUUUCUUUUUCUUUCUUUUUUUAAUGAAAUCCUUUAAAAAACACACGC